AUGGCUGCUGUUUAUCGAUAGAGCAUAUGUGAUACUAAAGAUCUCUCUAAAAAGUGACAACUUCAAUAUGAUCGGGCUGGAAAAUGCCUCGGAACAACAGCCAGAUAGACAGCGCUGUUUAUAGCUUCGUCCAAAGAGUGUUACAUCAUCGGCACCGAUUCAACGCUCCACAGAAGUCGGUGAUUCUGCUGGUGUUGUUGUGUUCGGUGGCAGCCGCCUGUUUGCACUGGCUGCACGUCGUUGGAUUUCUUCUCGUUUACGCAGCCGCUGUUUACUUCACGAAUAUCAAGUGUAACACGGCGUUGACAAGAGGCGAGCUUUACAGAAGUGAGUUGCUUUUGAGUUUUGUGUCUAACGUAAAAGAUGCAGUGGGGUCAGUUCUAAACUUGUUUGUAAGAGAGCCCUCAACACAAAUCGAGGAUGACAGCGGCGCCACGAAUUCUGGCCCCCCACCGAACCUGCCACAGAAUGCGGCAGGGUCUUGUGAAAGUCCACAGUGCAACGACAGCCAGGGCGAAGCGAAAGAAAACAACAGUCUUCAGAAAGAAGCUAACACCGUGAAUGAUGAAAUUGAGAGAUUUCUAAAUCUUGUGAUGAGAGAUUUUGUCCAGUCUUGGUACAAAACAAUCAGCCUUGACCCAGAUGUUCUAGAAGAAAUUCACGAAAUUCUGUACCAAGCCACGUUACAUAUUUGCAAAGCUCGCCUGGCAAAACUCAACGUGAAAAAAGUUACCUGUGAUGUUAUCAAACUAUUCCAACAGCAUUUGGGAGCAGUCUUAUUAAGUAAAGCUUUUGUCAGGAGUCAGCCAAAACGGCGGCGUUCCUCAACAACCAGAGUUAGCUCCCUUGAAGAGGCCUUCGAGCUUAAGUAUGGCUACCAUGUAGCUCUAGAAAAUGAAACGUCAGAAAUAAACUAUGUGAGAAGCUUGGUGGACAUUGUAUUAGUUCGGCUUCUCCCAAUUCAGAUACACAGGUGUCGAAUUGCACGCGCUUUAGUCACCGAGAUUCUCACCUGUAAUGUUGUUUUGCCAUUAAUAAAGAUGAUGUCAUCUCCAGAGUGGAUACAUAAAGCAGUCAAAGAAAUAUUUGGGAACAAUUCUGGCACGGGACACAAGAGUGUAGAUUUCACCGACUCAGACACACUGCAGGAGAAAGUUAUUACAAAAGAAGUUGAGACAUUCCAUGACACGACACAUUCCAGUGAUAUUCAAACAUUUUCUUUAAUCUGCAACACUUCACACGAGAAUGAUGGGAAUGAAAUCAGACGACAAAAUACAUCCGAUUUAUCAGCAGAAAAUUCUGGGGCUGAAUCUGGUGAAAUGAAGAAUGGUAAGGGUAGAAGUAGAAGCGGAGACAAGGAGGUCUAUCCAAAUCCAGAGAGUGAUGUAGAGAAACAUUUUAAGGUAACACCACACGAAGAAAUAACUGUUACAAAUGUUACUGCGAAAGACAGCCCUCGGAUAUUCAGGAGACAUUCAGUGAUAGGAGCAGCUGAUUUGGCAGAGGAAGCCGGGGAGAUGACAGAAGAGCGACAACCACCAAAUGGGGAAGCUGCUGCUUGCGUCUUUGAAGAAGGCAGCAAUGACGUUGGUACUGCUGCUGAAUCAAGAAGUGUGUCAAGGCCACAUCCAAAAAUACCUCGCCCGCACAGUCAGAUAUUUUCUUCACCAGAAAGGCCAAAUUCACCCAAGAAUACAGAGAACAUAGAUUAUGUGUUGGAGUUUAGAGAUGCCAAUUCUGAAUACGGUCAUCAUUUAAAUGGUUUUUCAGAAUCAGGUGAUACAUCUCCUACUGACGAUUUUAAGGACUGUUCCUUGCCUGUGACUCUUCUCGGGCCCAGUAUACGAACAAAACUGAGCCCUGAUGCCUGCGAGUGUUCAGUUGCUAGUGAUUUAAGAAAUAAUGGUCACUUAAGUCAGGGGCUUAAUGAUAAUGGAGGUUGCGAUAUUAUGCGAAAUCCAUGUUACAUUUCAUUCAACUCAGAGAGUCAAGAUUCAGAAACUUUAGGCCUUAACUUACAGUCAGCGUCAGUCAAGCAGGGUUCUCAUAAGAGAAACUUAUCCAACGAAUCAACUGAUUCUAAGCUGUGUACUUCAUCCAGGGAGACAACUAACGAGCAUAGGGAAAACUUCUACCUGGACAUUGAUGUUGAAGACGCAGAAGAUGCUGAUAUUGAAUCCGAAAUCCAACUUUACAAACCGCAAGAAAACUGGGCAAAUUUGGCCAGAAACAUUCCUAACUCGACAGACAUUGAAAGCGCACUAGCCAACUGCAUGCCCGUAUGCAAACCUGACGAAUACAGGGUACUAGACAGUAAAUCACGUCUUUUCCACAGUGUUGCCAUACCAACCACUGACACCAUAGCGAACAAAGGGUCCAGUUCUUACACCAUCUACAAAAUUGAGUUUGAGGCUUGGUAUUGGGCAGAUGGAGAAGUUGUGCUAAGGAAAGGCACGGUUCUGCGGAGAUUCCGCGAGUUUGUGAAUCUUCAGGCGCGAUUGGAAGAUAACCCGACUUACAAGCCAUGUCUAAAAGAUAUUAAGGGACCAAAACGCUGGAUGUCUUUGCCAUUUGGUAACAUGGACAAAGUUGCGAUAGAAGGGCGGCGAAAAUACCUGGAGAAAUUUUUAAAGCUGGUGAUAGAGAAACAGCCAGUUUGUAAUGGUGAAGAGAUCAAGGAGUUUUUGGCGUAUGAAGGUCGAUCGCACAUCGCAUUUGUCAGGAAGGCACCUGAGUUAUCCGUGCCCAGAAUAGACAAAAUGUUUGUGCGCACCAUGUCAGGAGUGUUUGGCAGAAUUGCCACUGUGCUGCCGAACUUGACCCCAGAUGUCCUGCCCAGUCUGUCCCGUAAAGAUUCCAACCCAGAGGCCAAAGUCAUGGAGGUGGCCGUGACCUGGGAUGAAGACAACAUUGAGCUGAACUUUGGCAUAAUUCAGCAAGAGCACCCUCACGUGGCUGCGUAUGACAAAUUCAUGGAUGAGUACUUCACCCGGAUUCAGCAAGAUGAAAUGCCGACACAUUCCUUACCGAGUGACUCGGGAGAACCAAAUUUAGGAUCUGACCAUAGGUUAGGAGAAAUUGACUUGGAAAACGACUCCAUGGAUUAUGUUCCUCAUAGAUCAGACGGAGACGGCUCAGCAACACCAGACCCGCCCACGUCUCAAGGAUUGGAUGAAAGGUGCUACAGUGAGAUUCCAUUGGCCCGUGCUAUACUUGACCUUGGUGCGCGAGCUUUGCGUGGCCAAACUAACUGGGUGUGCCGGGAGAGUGUCAUGGAGGUCAUCCAAAUUGUGGCUGGCAGAGCCCUGGACAGAUGGCUGGAAGAUCAGGUGACUAUGUUGUCGUCAAGUGAGCAGUGCUGUCUGUAUCUGGAGUUGCUAAGGGAGACAAUAUGGCCGAAGGGGAAGCUAGCGAGUGAUGACGAAGAGGUUUUAUCUGAAAUGGAGAGAGCUGAACUUAACGCACAGGCAAAAAAAGCCUUGAAGGAGUUUUUCCCAGAGUUUCUUGUGGCCCUUAUUGGAGAUCAGGACCUGGAGGAUGGUAUCACCCAGGCCAUUGACUCGGUGGAAAAUCAGAAAAUCAACAGACAUUUUCUGUACACUUUCCUCGACCUGAUUUUGGAACGCCUGUUUCCAGAGUUGGCCAUUCAGGUGGACGUUCCAGUCAAAACAUGACAAGGAUUGGUUAGUUUCCAUUGACUCACAACCAAUGGAAUUUAAGGACAUUUUUGACCUUUGACCUAGCCCUCUCUGUUAAGUUGUUCAACCUGUAGCUACCACGAUCUCAUGUACAAAACUAGUCAGUGUAUUUUGGGUAACUUGUAUUUUUCAACAAAUGUUCUAAAUCAAGCUCCUUACUAGGAGUUUGUAAUUGUAUGCACCAUAAACUAUUUUGAAGAAGGUGAGACUUCAACAAGUUAUUUUGGUAAGGAACUUAAUGCCAUGGUAUUUAAAACGUGUACAUUGUAUUUGUUUGAAUGUGUGAUAUUGAAAACACGCAAAUUUGAUUCCAGUGUUACUUUAGAAUUAGAAAACAAGUAAGGACUUAUUAAAGUUAGAGGUUCUGAUGAAUUUUUUAAGAAUGUUGAAAGACUUCUAUAAUAUGUUUGUUAGGUUAGAGAUUACUUUGCAUCUCAUUAACUCUUCCAGUAGAAACUAUAUGUAUAGUGUAGGAGAAAAUCUUGUGAUUUGACUCUGACAACAAAUGGUUUAGUCAUUUUAUCUGGUGCAAACAGGUACGUGUAUAAUUAAUUAUUCACUGUUAAUUUAUUAAUUUUUACAAAGAGCUCUGGUCACAGGCAUGGUACUUACCAAUUUUCCAUGAAGUUUAAAGAAGUUCAGGGUCUGCUCAUGCUAAUACACCCAGACAGAGCAGCAAAAAUAGCCUGGCAUUUAAUCAUAAAGGGUUAACAUCAUUUUUCUUGAAUUUUCCCUGUGAAAAAUUCUGUUUUCAAAAUGAACAUUUAAAGUAGCCCCAUGAAUUGCAUUUUCAGAUACAAAUAAAUGCUAUGAAAUAGAACUUUUAAGUACAUUUACCCAGUAGGGUAUUACCUCAAAUUACUUUUCUAUUAAAGAUCAAUAGAACUGGUGUUUUGGUUUUAAGACUUUAGGGUUUCUUUUUUCAUUUUUUUUCUCUUUCUUAUCAAACUGUCUGAGAAAUUUAUCCUGAGUACAUAAAUUAAUUUUACAUCAGUGCUAAUGUUGAGUAUUGUAAUUUUGCAUGGCCACGGCUAGGCCCUUUUGAAGAACAAAAAAGCUGAAAAUAAAAACAAAAAAGGUUGAAAUGGUAAAUCGUGAUUAUCUACAUUGACAUGGUAAUCGAGAGAACAAACUUCCAAAGUAACAAAUCAUUAGUACACUGACAACUAACUGAAAUGAAUUCGAAUUUUAUUUUUUAUUAAGGUAAUGCCCAUUUUAUUUUGUCUUUAUGGGCAAGCCAUUAAAAAAACAAAACAAAAAUUGAAUAAAUAUAAAGCUGAAAAUCUACGCUUUUAUUACUUACCUAUCUUGAUGCUUUUAUGAUUUUCCUGUUUGUCAACACUUUAUGAUCAUGGAAAUAUCCCCACAAUCAAGAAAGAUUGUCAACAGUCUACUUUUUCCUCACAAAUUAGAUUUUUUUGAGGUUUAUUUGUUUUUUUAGAACCUCUGGCAAUCUUGAAAAAAGAUUUAUUGUGCCCGUAAAACAAUUAAAAUUGGUGUGGCCUUACAUGUCCAAAAUGAGAAGCCACUUUUGUAACUAAUUUCCUCAUUAGACAGCCUUCUCUCAUUUCAUUGCAAAAUUGUCAACAGACCUCAAACUUGUUCCAAAAAACAGUUUUGGUGUGUCAUAGGAUAUUCUGAGCUGCAUGUAACUUUCAUUUCGUAUGAAGACAAUGUUACUUGAACAGAGAUGAUCUUGGACCCGAAAUUGCUGACAAGGACUCAAGUACUGACAAAGUAAGUGUCAUCAAGGUACAAGUUUAAAUCAGAUUUAUUGCCAUAAUUAUUACGGGUAUGAUUAAGGUAUCAAGUCAGUUUACAAAAGCUUGAAUUAAGCAUAUGGGAUAGUAUCCCUUUCUCUAUAAAAACAACAGUAGUAAUAGUGACUCGCUGGAAUUUUGUUUCAAAACUUUACCUUUUAAUUUGUACUGGUAUUUAGUCUUCAUAUGCAGCCUUUACUGAUAUCAAUUCAGUUUACAAAAGCUUGAAUUAAGCAUAUGGGAUAGUAUCCGUUUCUCUUUAAAAACAACAGUAGUAAUAGUGACUCGCUGGAAUUUUGUUUCAAAACUUUACCUUUUAAUUUGUACUGGUAUUUAGUCUUCAUAUGCAGCCUUUACUGAUGACUAAAGGAAAUUAUGUAUGUUAAGUUUGAUUAGUUGGGUAGUACCGUUUCAUCCAAAUCAGAAUUAUCCCCUUGAAACAUUUUUUACCCCAAAAAGGAAAUAGAAUUCUUAUUAAAACAAAUGUUGUGCAUUAUGCACAAAUGCGGGAUAAGAUAAUAGAAUUUAAGAUGUGUAGUGUUUUUUUUUUCUUUUGUGCUUAUUGGUGUAUAUUUUUUUUGUUUAUGGAUUUUUUUUAACUUCACAAACAAUGUCACUUUUGAAAAUGAUGAAAUUUGAAAUUAGACCUACAUUCACCUUCAUUUUAGGAGACACAAGCUUAAGACCAGGCUUGGAUCGACUUGGGACCCUCAGCAACUGGGUCCAGUUCGACAUAUUCGACCUGCGCACAAUACUCGUGCCGAAAAGUCUGAGGAAACCUUGCAGUCACGACUGGCUGGCCAGUUUCAGUACGCAUAGGUCAACCUCAACUGGAAGCAACUGUCAGCUCGGACGUAGCAACGUGAUUUUCACGGGACCUGUUGUGUGCGAUAUAUCACAAUGACAGACUAUGGGCAAACUGUUUUCAACUGGGUGCAAGCAGUCGUUAGUUAACACAGUUGGAGACAACUGGAUGCUUCCGGUCGCAGAAAAGUAGAAUAUGUUAAACUGGAUGAUCAGAAGUUCAAGUAUGUUCACGGUUUUGCAGUGAUGUCAUGGCGGCUUUGAGCCAAUCACCAGCACACUCUUUGGUCACGUGACUAAAGUACUGGAAAUGAAAACAAAGCGAAUUUAACCCUUGUGAGAUAGGCAUUGGAGCAGUUUUAGCAUCUUAAAAUGAAAAUUAUAACUUUUAGGUGAGAAAUUCUUUCUGGAAAUGUGAUCAGAAUGUGUCUAACCUUCAAAUAUGAUAGUUCCAGUGUUCUGUGGUACUUUGAACUUGAGAAAUGACCAAACAUCACCAUUUCGCACAGUUAGCUUCAUAUAAUAUAUCACCGUCUGCUCCUUGAAAGAAACCCUGGUGCUAUGAAAUGCUAUGAAACUAUGAAAUGACUAAUACCAGUGCCCGAUUGCAUGCUCCCAGUUGCGUUCAUGUGCUCCUAGUCACUUCCAGUCGCCUAAAACCCAGUUGCUUUCAGUCACCAAACACCCGGUUGUUGCAGUUGCAAGGUCACAAAGUCGAUUUACGCACGACGUAAGAAUUAAUUUUCCACACUUCAUUUGUCAGUACCUCACUUUGUAGUUUUACGUUAGCUGAAAUAUUACCAUUUCCAAAUUACAUGUCAAGCUUUAAUACGUAGGCUACGUGAAGUUCACCAUUUAUUGUACUGACAUAUGUAUUCAUUGAUUAACACUUGAUUUUGUGGAGAAAGUAAUCCUUUAUCCAAGUUUGUGUACACGUUAAAAAAAAACUCCUAUCAAAGAUACGACACCUGUAAUCUAUUAGUUGUUUAGGUGAAGCACUAGUAGUACGUGUGUCAGUUUUCUUGUCAGGAAAGCUAUGAUGUGUAGCAAGAAAUGAACAAACCCUGUAAUUCUUGUCGAUAUACUUUGUGAACUGUGGAUGAACUAUGGAUGAACUGUUAUGGGUUAACGUUACAUAACAUGGGUUGUGCUAUACCGGAAGUACAAAAAUUGGGACCAGUGUGCCACGCUUUAUUUAUAUAAUGCCCCAUCCAGCCACUCCCACUCCAAAUUGAUUGGUGUUUACAGUCACAGCAGUAGCCAAUCUGAAAUGUGUAUUUAUAGACGAACGCGUCAAAAUGCAUUCUGGGAAAACUGACAGUACUUGUUGGUCGUGACAUGUAGACUACCAAUUAUUUUCCAUAAUUUCUCAGUAUUGCGUUGUGUAUUUUUGUAACAUUGCCCUAGUGACCUAUCAAACCAGAGGAAGUACAGGCAUGCGAACCAUAUACAAUGCAGUAGUAAACUUUUCUGUUUAUGUACUUGUAGUUAAACUUAUAACUAAUUAAUGGCAUACCACUAUAUUUUAUUGGCAUCACGUGACGUAUCAUUAAUAUACAUUGUAUGUUAGAUUGACCUUGACACAACACUGAAAUGUGAUAUUGGGAUUCUGUUUUACAAUACAGAGACUUUUCUCUGUAUUUAUGUUGUAUGUAUGUUAAGUAUUUUCACUUUUGGUUUAUUCAAAAAUGGUUGAUAAAGGUAAAGGUGUAUGAAAUGGUCCCUCUCUGCUCAAAGUCUAGUCGUUUUUUCUCACGUAUAGUUUACUCAUUUCCUCGUCAUUUAAUAUGAACUUGUAUGUUUGUUCUUUUUUAUGUGUAGUAAAACUUUAUAAGUGGCAACUGUUUUGUUAGAGGAACAUAAAACAUUAGAGAAAAUCCUUUCUUCAUGGCAGAUCUUAAUCAGAGCUCACUUUAAAACGUGGAAUUGGUUAAUUUUCGUCCAUUUUACCCUAAAAGGGCACUUUUUCAGCAGUAUUCGAAAGGGUACCAUCUGGGUAUCAGACUCAUUAAUUUUGCUAUCGUGGCCUGAGCAACUUAAAAACGUGUCGCCUACUUAAGACUGUAUGGUACGGAAAUUGAAGAUUUUGCACCAUUAACUAUAAAUAUUUUGUAAUAUUAUCCAAGUGAAAGAUAAUCCCUGCGACACAUUUUGUCGUCCUUUAUCACGUAUAUACUAGUUUACUAGCAUGACGUACAAAAUACGUAAAUUUCACUGCAGUUCUCUGUUUAUCGUUUACAUGUUUUUGUUUAUCAGCAGUGCUGUUUGAGUAGUAUAAGAUGAUAUUCAAAAGUGUCAUAUCAAAAAGUGAUAUUCAUCAGUGUAACAUACCACCUCUAUUUGGAAAUGAAAUACUGGAAAUUCGCAUUUUGUGCAACUAAUACCAAAACACAAAUAUACAAAGUCGCCAGUAAGUGUGGCUUAGCACCUUGGACCGACUCAACAAAGCCAUUUCUGACUGAAGUCAAAAUUUAAAAUGCGAUCGUAAAACUUAUUUUUCGGCUUUAAAGAUUAAAAUUUUGUCCACGUUAUCUAUGUUACUCUACGACAAACGUGUCUAAAUUUCAACUUUCAGCACGAAAAGCCGAUCGUUGUGAAGAGGGCUUAAAUUUUGACAUAAGUCCGAAACGGCUUUGUGGAAUUGGUCUCUGGGUUAAGACACAGUUUCUAGACAUGAGAAAAAUUUCAUUAUAGGUACAGUAUACCUUCCAAACAUUCUGAAUGCUUGACCUCUAGUGGAAUUUGGGGUUUACGUUGUAGUAUAGGGACCACACCCAGUCAAGACAUUCCUUCCUGUGGGAUUUUUCAUUCUUUUUUGUUUGGUAUUGCAAGAGUGUAAUACCAAUACCACAUACAGCUUUCAACAAAGCCACUUGACCUCUACGAGAUAUUUUUACAAAAUCAGUUUACCAUUAGAACACAAAAGUAUUUUGCCUAGCGCUAUAAGCCAGCAUUUUGAUUCAUGUGCCGUUUUUGGGAUGAAUUUAUAACAUUGGGUGCUGGACCUUACUUUGUUCCUCUGGCUAGAUUACCGCGUACACUAAAAAGAUAAUCCGUUGUCUGACCAGGUUUAAAGGAAAACAUCUUGCCGUUUUUUGGUGCCACAAUUUCAUCUUGAUUUCAGUGUUGUUGUUGUUUUGUAUCAGUGACUGGCAUCUGAUAUGCAUGUGUGAAGUGAAUUGAUACUCUCAUACCUCUGUUCUAAGAGGCAAAAACAGGUGCUUGCUGUUUAGAUAAAUACAUUUAGGUAUCACCCUCACAGUCCUAAAGAACAAUACUAGUAACACAUUACUUGCAGUGUUACACAGGUCAAUACGCGCUUAGCACCUCUAUACCCUGUGUGAUGAUAUAUCUUUGUUUUAUUGUUUUGUUAAAUUAUUUGUUAUAAUACAAACCUGUUUUUGUUUUGUAGCCGUUGCUUCAGUAUUAUAAGUAUGCAGCAUA